AUGGAGCCAACCGAAGCUGAGGCAGUUCCGAUGAAUGUGCUUCCAGGCAAGCCAUUCCCAUCUGCACAUGUUAGUGCCAAGGUUGACAAGGAUUUGUCAGGUGAGGUGCCACAGCUCAUGUCAUUGGAGUCCGCAGAAGCCCUAGCAGCUGAUCGUGUGGCGAUGCCCCCACCCAAGAUGUCCGUCACCCUGCGUCCUGAUCUGGCCGAUACGUUGCCGGAUGACCUGGAUGAGCACGAGCCUUCUGAGCCUGGUCAGCACGAGGCAUUGGAAGAGGGCACGAGGCUGGAUGUGGAGCCGGCAAAGGCUGAGGGGGAAGGGGAGGCGCAGAAAGCCCCCAUGAGUCCAUCUGUGGGAUUCGAGGUGUGCUCUGUCUGCCCCGAUGAAGAGGGGGAGGAAGAGGCUAUGGAACAGGAUGUUAUUUUGGAUGUGCAGGAUGGCAAGCUGGGAGCUAAGAGUUGCGAGCCCACAUUAGAAGUCGAAGCCGAGAAGCCAACAAGUCCCAGCAAGGCCACUGUCUUCUAUGAUCAGCAUUUGCCUCCGUGUCCAGUGCAGUCUGAACCCAAGCCGAUGACACCCAACGAACAGGCAAACCUCGCAGGUGCUGCUGAGGGCAGGGGCCGAGGCCGUGGGAAGGGCCGUGGAAGGGGCCGUGGGAAGAAGGCUAUGGCAGAGGGGCGUGGGAAGGGCUGUUCCAACCAGGUCUCUGAGGAUGAAGAAUCCGGGGAUGAUAUUCAGGAUGAUGUCUUCACCGAGGCCGAUGAUGAUGAUGAUAAUGAUGACGAAGCACCGCAGCCUAAGAAGAAGCCAGCAGCAAAGAUCCGCAGCGAAGCAAUGAAGCCAAAGACAACGUGCAAGGCGGCCCCAAAGGGCAAAGCAAAAGCAAAGUGCAAGGCGGCCCCAAAGGGCAAAGCAAAAGCAAAGGCCAAAGCAAAGGCCGCAGCCAAGGCCACGGCUAAGACGACUAAGAGCGCUUGCAAAUCGCAUGGUGAGCGGCCUGCCAAGAAGGCAAAGGUUGACAAUGGCAGCAAAGCGGUGGAGCCAGAGCCCCUGCCAAAGGUGCCAAGGGCGAAAGGCAAGGCAGCCCCGUUGAAGCCCAUUGGCAGCGACAGAGAUGGGCAAAGGGCGGAAACCGACAGGAAGGCCAAGCUUUCUCGAAAGUCGGUGGCAUAUCACCGGGCUGUGAAGGAGGCAAGGGCGCAAGGCUUGUCCCAGGAGGAGUGCAAAGAAGCAGGCAAAAAGGCUCCUCACCUUCAUGAGCAUUACAAUACUGCCCCCAGUCUCUCUCUCUCUCUCUCUCUCUCUCUCUCGCUCCCUCAUUGUCUCUUUCUCUCUCUAUAA